GAUUUCAACAAAUGCUAGGUCUAGGACACAUGGUCUGCAUUUACGUAGUACACACUCUUACAGGACCUGUCACAGUUAUGGAAAUAACUACUGGGAGAAUGAGGCUGAUCGGUCAAAGACAACUAGUCAAGGAUUUAGGAAAGUUGAUCCAGCACUUUUUUGCUGUUGAAAUCUUGCACGGAUUUUUGGCCUAACUACUUGAAAUGGGGCUUCAAUGUGUUUGAAGAGGAUUGGCUACCUGAGUAUAGAAGGUAGGCUUGCGCAAAAUAUUUUUGCGGUUGGGAGAAUCUCCAAAAAUGAGCCUGCCCGUGUUUGUCUCUGUGUCUACAAUUUGAUUUGAUGAGAGAAAUAUACCUACAUUGUGAGACACACCAUCCCUUUGAUGAAACCCCACCCGCUACCUCUAACAUGCAGAUAUCUCGUACACACACCCACACACACUUGAAUUGAGUUGUACACUGAAGUUACUGUCUCGUAGCUCUGUAAAAAGAAAUGGAAGGCAUCAGACCUUUUUGCUGUAGUGAAACGUUUUUUCCUCUCCGAGAAACAAAAUAAAUUACAGGCAGGAAUUUACUUAUUUUUUUAGAGGACUUUUAAGGGCUUUUUGGCGUUAUUCAAUUGCUAAAUGUACUAGUCCGUUUUUCUGGAGGCGUUUUCUUGGGAUUACAAAUACAUUUUUCCAGGACGAUUUAUUUUCAAUGUAAUGUGAAAUAACCAUGCUGCUUGGUUUACAUCUUAAGAGUUUCUCAAGUUUUGAGCACAUUCAUAGGCAGUGACUUUCAUAUGGGAAGAAUCGCUCAGAUAAGACGUUUUAAAAAACGUAUGGAUUAUUUUAUUCCCUUCUGUCUGAGUUGGCUUUCAUUGGCCAAAAUGAUCAGAUAUAUACUUUGCAAACAAUCUAGGCUAACUGUGGUAAAUUAGGCUAAUAAACGAAAUGGGAUGAGCUCAUAAAUUGAAGUUGUACUUCUUCUAUGCAAUUAUUUGGGUUAUUUGGAAUGUGUUAAACGUUUUUCAAACUUUUCAAUUCUGUAAAAGUUACUAUUCUGGGAGUAGUUAAGAUCACAUAGUCACGGACAGGCGUAGGAUCGCCAAAAUCCUCAAUUCGCAUUCGACUGAACGGAAGAGACAGCACUCGGACUGAAAGAUUCCUGAAUAUUUCACAUGGAGCCGAGUGAGCCAGUUCCCCCGUCUGACCACCGGACUAUUAUGUGGCUCACUCACUUCGGCCUGCUUCUGCUCCAGCUGGCGGUUUCUGCCGAGGGGCUCAACACCUGCCAUUCCUUCAACCUGGAUGAUCAGAAAUCCAAGCGCAUUGAGGCCGUCCGCGGCCAAAUCCUCAGCAAACUCCGCUACCGUAGCCCACCGGAGUCACUGGUGCCAAGCACACAACCGGAGGCCGUACCCGCCGAAGUUAUGCUUCUAUACAACAGCACCAAGGAGCUGCUGAAAGAGCGUGCACGCCAGGCCGAGUCUGCGUGCGACCGGGAGAGCAGUGAGGAGGAUUAUUAUGCAAAAGAGGUUCAGCGCAUAGACAUGCUCCCACAGCGCGCCGACACGAACGCAGUGAACCCUACCCCUCCCAGCCCAUAUUAUAGACUGGUGCGGUUUGAUGUGAGUGGGGUGGACAGAAACUCCAGCAACCUGGUCAAAGCUGAGUUCAGAAUCUACAGAGCGUUGAACCCCCAGGCCCGAACCACAGAGCAGAGAGUGGAGAUCUAUCAAGUGAUGAAGGCCGAAGAGCCAACAGGCCCUUUGCAGAGGUACAUUGACUCCAGAACUGUUCGUCCGCGGUCCAAGGGGGCGUGGCUCUCAGUGGAUGUCACAGAGACUGUGAAGGACUGGCUGGCUCAUACAGAGAGGAACCUGGGCCUGAAGCUGGGUGUUCACUGUCCGUGCUGCACCUUUGUUCCCUCCACUAACAGCAUUGUGCCCAAUAAGAGCGAGGAGCUCGAGGCACGCUUUGCAGGUCUGGAUGAUGAGUUGCUGCAGCAGCAGGUGAAGAGAACAGGGGCGGGGCUAACCAAGGGCCAGGUAGAGUUUAGUACCAAGACACCCCACCUUAUCCUGACCCUGUUUCCCAGCGACAGGGUGGACAACCCUGGGAAGAAGAACCGGAAAAGGAGGGCCGCAGCAGAUACCACCACCUGCUCCAGGAACUCGGACCCAGGCUGCUGUCUACGAUCGCUCUACAUUGACUUCCGCCGCGACCUCAACUGGAAGUGGAUCCACGAGCCCAAAGGCUACAAGGCCAACUUCUGUUCUGGCAGCUGUCCAUACCUCUGGAGCGCUGACAACCACUACAACAUGAUCCUGCCUCUGUAUAACAAGCUGAACCCAGAGGCGUCGGCUUCUCCCUGCUGUGUGCCUCAGGACCUAGAGCCCCUGACCAUCGUGUACUUCAUCGGCCGUACUCCAAAGGUGGAGCAGCUCUCCAACAUGGUGGUCAGGUCCUGCAAGUGCCGCUGAGAGCCCAGUCGAGACAGAGGGGGAUUGUGGGAGGAGGAAACGGCCUGGACGAAAGGAUGAAAGCAGACUUUGACAACAAAGACAACAACUUUCGUUUUUCAAGCAUAAAGGACAGACUGAACGUCUCUAUAAAUGUAUAUCUUCAAGCCUUCAUGUCACAAGAACACAUUUUGCGUUCUGGCACAGGUUGACAUUUCAGCAGCAUGAAACUCGAAAAUUGGCUUCAGAACCUGGCUUCAUCCCUACUUGAAUAAAGUCGUGAAAAAUGUAAAUAUCUUAUUCAUUUACAUACACCAUCGUUCAAAAGUUUGAGGUCACUUAGAAAUGUCCUUGUUUUCCAUGAAAACAGGAUAA